AACUUUAUUUUGAUCGUACAAAAUUUGGUUGUUUAUCAUUACUCGCAAAAUUAAGUUGCGAUAUAAGUAGAUGUAUGAAAUUAUUGAUAUUGUGGUUUAAUAAGAAAUGAUGACAUAACAUAUAUGUGGACUGUGAUACGAAAAUUAUUACUCCUAUGAAAUGAGGAUGUGAAGUGAAGUGAAGUGAAGUGAUAGAGAAAAUAAAAGAGAGAAUGUGAAAGCAAAGUACGGUUUGGGGUAAAAUCGUAAAUGCGCGAGAAGAUUCAAAUUGGGGAAUGCAGAAAACUAGAAGUAUUGAAAUACACAAUAAACAAGGCACCCUCACUACUCACGCCUCACGAGGAAGAAGACAGACUGACAGACAGACACAACGCUCUCUCUCUCUCUCUCUCUCUCUCUCUCUCUUCCUACACACAAUUGUGAUCCAAAUAGACAAAUACAAGCAGUGCACAACUACUCUACUCUCCUCCCUCCUCUGCUUCACAACGCAUACCCCAUUUCCAUAUAACCCAAAAACAAAAUCCACUUGUUUGGAAAAGCAUGAAAAAGAUCUAGUAAUGCCUGUCAACAAUCCAAUCCUUCUUCUCACAUCCAUCAUUUUCCUCGCUGCUUCAUCAAUGGCAUUGCCCAGGCCCGGAUUCCUCUACACAAGAUCCAGAGGAACGUGCACUCCUCAGUAUUGGAGCAGCAGGAGCGAGUUGUGGCCGAAGAUGGUUCCCCACAGGUCCACGGUGUCCAACGUUUUCGGGUCGCAGGCCUUGGAGCGCUUCCGGCCCGACCUCACGCUGCUGGAGGCGGCCGCCAGGAAUACCGAAAACGUGUUCGCGGCGCUGCUCAAGGAGUCCACGGCCGCGCUGCUCAACUCGUACGCUAGAAAUGGGUAUCCCUACGCCGCCUGGGAGGUCAAGACGCUGCUCAUUCAGGCUCUCGUUUCCGACACUGCCGCCGCCGCUCUGGCGGAGAGGUUUCUUCACGCCAAUCACAACUGUGCUUGAUAUUUCUCUCAAAGAACAGGAAUUAGUGUUUGUGGGGAUUUUGCGAUGUGGUGAAAGCGAUAGUUUGGAUUUUGGUAUCUGUAAUCAUUUGCUUUUUUCUUUUUCAUUUAGUACUCGGAUUUUAAUUUCUUCAUAUGCAUCAGGGAAAAUAGGUUGUGAGAUCUGGUACUGACAUUCUGAAUAUGCCUCAGAAAUGAUAUUGAUAAUUGGAAGGUUUUUAUUUCAAAUAAAAUAAGUGAAAUUAUAAUGCAAAGGCCAAA